AUGGGUCUCGUAGAAGACGAAGUCCAGCGCCUCCGCGAUCUCGUACACGGCUUCGAGUCGCGGAUCAAGGCCCUCGAGCAGAAGGCGCUUGGUGGAAGCGGCGGUGCCCCCAAGUCCACCGAGGAGAUCCGAAUGUUGCUUAUUGACCUCCCGGAGCUGGGCACCCAGGCUCCCAAGAUCAAGGAGAAGUUCGACUGCUGCCACUUGGCCACCGGUGACAUGCUGCGAUCCCAAGUACAAAAGAAGACUGCUCUCGGCCUCGAGGCCAAGAAGAUCAUGGACGCUGGCGGCCUCGUCAGUGAUGACAUCGUCAUUGGCAUGAUCAAGCAGGAGCUCGAGACUAACAAGGAGUGCAAGGGCGGGUAUAUUCAUCCUGGACGGAUUCCCCGUACCGUCGGCCAGGCCGAGGGCCUCGACGCCAUGCUCAAGUCGCGUAGUCGACCCCUUCAGCAUGCGGUUGAGCUCCAGAUCGACGAUUCUCUCCUCGUCGCCCGUAUCACCGGCCGUCUUAUCCACCCCUCCUCGGGCCGCUCUUACCACACCACCUUCAACCCUCCCAAGGAGUACAUGAAGGACGACAUCACCGGCGAGCCCCUCGUCCAGCGCAGCGACGACAACGCCGAUGCUCUCAAGAAGCGUCUUGUGACCUACCACAAGCAGACCACCCCCGUAGUCGACUACUACCGCAAGGCUGGCAUCUGGCAAGCCAUCGAUGCCGCCCAGGAGCCCGGCCAGGUCUGGAAGAACAUGCUCUCCAUCCUCGAGAACAAGAGGAAGUAA